UUGGUGUGAGAAAAACUCCACCGACCAAUAAGAAAAGGAAAUCUCCAAAAGCAACGAAAGCAAGAGCCCAAUGGAAUUUGGGGCUUGAGAAAUCUCUGAUCGAUAUACUUCAUGAGCAUAAUAAUGACUAUUACAGAGCACAAAAUGGAUGGAGUGGGGACACUUGGAAUCGAAUGACGCAAAUAUUCCAGGAACAUAAUCCGCAGGUGAACUUCGUCAAAUCCCAGCUACAAGAUAAAGAAAAAGAACUCAAGAGAGAAUACAAGAUGCUCAAGGAAGCUCGGAUGCAAAGUGGUGCUGGUUGGGAUGAGAAGACCUGCAUGAUAGUUGCUGAGAAGGCUUUGUGGGAUAACCUAGAAAUCUCCUUUCCAAGAAUUGGGAAAUUCAAGAGAAAUGGCUUUCCUAUGUAUGAUUCUCUUGGAGAUCUAUAUGAUGGCCAAAUAGCUGAGGGGAAUCACAAUUUCACUUCAAGCUCUAAGGCAUCUCAACUUGAUGAAGAGUUAGAAGAUGAGAGAGUGCAAGAAGCUGGGUCUGAAUUCGAUGAGGACGUACAAAUUCUGGAUGAAGACCCUACCAAAAAGAAAGACGAGGGAACGGGAAGUUCAGCCGGCCGAGUGAAUGUUGGUGAAAUAAUGGAUAAGAAGGCAACUGGUGUACCAAAGAAAAUUCCUCCAAAGGAAUUAAAGAAGCCUAUCAAGAGCGAUGAAAUGGUGCAAGUAGUAGACAGUAUGUGA